CCUGCUCUGGGUCGCCCGCUUCCCUGACGGGGUGCGUGCGGGGCGCACGCGGGGUCCGCAGGCCUGGGAGCUGGAGUUCGGCCUGCAACCCCAUGGAUCAGGUUCCCGGGAAGUCGCUGAGCUGUGCGGAGAAGGAACAGCUGGAGGAAAAACUUGCACUUUUGAAAAAGGAAUACAGGAGGACUCUGGCCCGCCUCCAGCGUGCCCAAAGAGCUGAGAAGAUUAAGAAUUCUGUUAAGAAAACAGCAAGACAAGAUGGCUUUCCAGAACAGCGAAUCACAUCACAAUCAAUGCAUUCAGAGCCUAAAAAUGAAGGAUAUUUUCAUGACCGAUUACAAAUCAACACGCAGCUUACCAAAGAAACUGUAGAAAAGACAUCUCUGACCUUUGUUGAGCCUAAGUCCUUUAACCCUAAAGAUGGCUCAGAAGAAGGAUUGCUUAUACAAAAUGCAGAUGACAUCCAAGAACAUUUUCCCUAUAAAGUGAGUGACCUUGAUGGGAAGACCAGGCAGAAUGAGCUGCCAGGGGAGAGACAAAAGAAGCCCAAAAGAAUGUUUGCUUCUCAGGAGACAGAGUGUUCCUUUGACACUAAUUCAUUCAUUGCUUCUGGAAAAAGCACUAGGAAUCAGGACACAAUCAAUAGCAAAAAUCCUUGUUCAUCAGAAACAGUAAUAAGUUACCUCACAAGUCCUCAGCCUGAAACUCUGGGCUCUUCAGCACCAGCUACUGAAGCUGCUGGAGAGAUUAUAGUAAUUCCACCAAGUGCUGAAUCAGGAAGAGGAAGUCAAAUCUCCAAGGAGACCACAGUUCCUUUGCAUCUUACAUCAGACAGCAGCCAUCAUCAACACUGUUUGCCCCAUGAAGGUCACGGGGAACUUACUGCUCCAGCAUUUCAAAACAUUAGUCCUUCUCCACCCCUAGACCUGCAGGCACAAGGCAGAAAGAUAUCCAUCUGUACAGAUGACCCAGUAGUAAAUAACACUGUUGGUGCCCCCAGCCAACUUCCUAGAAGUCCUAACUUAGUGGCAGACAAUUCAUGUAGUAGAAAUGAACUCGCUUACAGUAACUCAGCAGCAAAUAUAACCCAAGACUUAAAAGAACAAAGUCAUCACACUGGAAACUCUUUAAAAUCUCCUAGUAACACUCUGGAUAGUAGAGAUCAGACUGUUCAGGAAAAGGAGGCUCUAAGCCAGUCUGAGAGUCUUACUCUGGAACCAGGCUCUCCUGCUUCUACAGAAAUUCAAGCACAUUCUUGCACAAUGAUUGAAGGCCUUCUGUUUCCUGCAGAAUACUAUGUUAGAACAACACGUCGCAUGUCAGACAGCCAGAGGAAAAUAGCUCUGGAAGCUGUGAUUCAAAGUCACUUGGGUGUCAGAAAGAAAGGGUUUAAAAAUAAAGAAAAAGGAGCAACUAAAAGUGUAAAGCUUUCUAGUGAAGCUGACCAAAAUGAAAUCAGCAUGUCAGACACAAGCUCAGGACUGUCAAGUUCAGGUCCUUCUCAGGAACCUCUGUCACAAAGUGAAGUCUGCUCUCCCUCAGCAUCCCCUGAAAACAGCCACUGCCCUCGGAGGCCUGUCACCAAGUCAUCUAGUAGAAGACACAGAGGAAAAAGGAAGUCAGCCCACACCUUGUCACUAGAUCAGUGUGAACAGCUUUUGCCAUCUUCGAGCACAUUUGGUGUAAAGUGGUUCAAUUUUCACCAGAGUGAAAAUGCAACAAUUCAUGAUUUUCAGUUACCUGAUGAGGACUUUGGGCCUCUGAAGCUUGAAAAACUGAAGUUCUCAGAGAAACCCAUUCAACCUCUUGAAUCAAAAACGUAUGCAAAGAAGUUUCUUAAAGAGCAACGGAUUCCUCAGUGCAUAACUGCAGAAGUGAAGGAGUUGGAAGAACCUACUUCUGUCCCAGGAAGAGCACAUCCUCAAAUGCCAAGCCCAGAGAGCCAGACUCCCCGCAAGGGCCUUUCUUCCUCCAUGGUCCUCUUCACUCCUUUAAACACUGCUGCUGCUGCUGGUGAUGAGAGUACCAGGCCUGCCUCAGACCUGUGUUCCCCAGCUUUCCCCACCCUGGGCACCACUCCAGCUUCCAGCUCUCAGGCAUCCUGUGAAGGAAUGUCUGCCCAGGUUGAUGGACCAGCUUGCUCCCUGCCCCACCUUUCUCCCUCGGAAGACACAGUCAGUCUAGCUAGGGCUCCUAAACACUUGGACAGUACAGCCGACCCUCUCAAACUGGAUACCAGCCUGCGUGUGCCAGGUAGGCGAGGACAGUCUGCCUGUGACCGUGACUCUGGCCCCCAAGCAACACCUGCACCCACUGAGUCAUUCCCUUUCAGAGAAAAUCAGCUGUGUGGAAACGCAUGCCUGGCGUUGCCUGAGCAUUUCACUGAACAGCCCGAAACAGCACAUCUUCUGGCUGGCGAUGGCUUAAACCCAGGCAGUCUACAAUUGCUUUCAAAGUUAAAGAACCCCUGCAGUUCCUGUUCCGUGGAUGUGAGCGCCCUGUGGUGGGAACAAGCUGGCUUGAAGGAGCCAUGCAUCAUAACUGCUUGUGAAUACGCAGUUUCUCUUUGGAAGCCGCUGCAUACGUGGCAAUGGGAGAAAAUGUACACCUGGCACUUCACAGAGGUUCCAGUGUUACAAAUAGUUCCAAUACCCGAGGUUUCUAAUCUGGUGUGUGUGGCAUUGGGAACUUUGGAAAUCAGAGAAAUCAGGGCAUUGCUUUGGUCCUGUGGUGAUGAAAGUGAAAGGCACGUGCUCCUACAAUCUGGAAAUAUAAAGGCUGUGCUUGGCCUGACAAAGAGGCGGCUAGUCUGCAGCAGUGGGGUCCCCUGUGAUCAGCAAGUGGAAGUCAUGACACUGGCUGAGGAUGGCGGAAGCAAAGAAAAGCGGUUUUUGAUGCCCCCUGAAGAAACUGUGCUGACUUUCGCCGAGGUGCAGGGGAUGCAGGAAGCUCUGCUUGGCACCACUGUCAUGAGCAACGUCAUCAUCUGGAAUUUAAGGACUGGUCAACUCCUGAAAAAAAUGCACAUGGCCGAUUCUUACCAAGCCUCGGUGUGUCACAGAGCCUAUUCUGAAAUGGGGCUCCUGUUUGUGGUUUUGAGUCACCCUUGUGCCAAAGAGAGCGAGUGGUUGGGAAGCCCAGUGUUCCAGCUGGUGGCGAUCAACCCCAAGACUGCCCUGAGUGUGGGGGUGCUGCUGUAUUGCCUGCCCCAAGGGCAGGCUGGAAGGUUCCUGGAAGGGGAUGUGCGAGACCACCUCGCAGCCGCAGUCCUGACUUCUGGAACAAUUGCUGUCUGGGACUUAGUGCUGGGGCGCUGUGCUGCCCUCCUGCCACCCAGCCCAGAUCAAAAUUGGUCUUUCGUAAAAUGGUCAGCUACAGAUUCUCAUUUGCUGGCUGGACAGAAAGAUGGAAAUAUAUUCAUAUAUCGCUACUCAUGAGUUAAAAGGAAAACACUUUUCUGGGUGUAUUUGAUCUCCCAGCACUUUUGGGUGGAAAUUGGGAGAACUCCCAAGUGACAUGUAAAGGGAUGACUUGGGAUGUUUGCUGUGAUGGUGGUGGCACUGCUGGUUCAUGUUACCCUGAGGUAAAGGAUCUGGGGCACUUUGGUGAUAGCCACAUUUGCACAUUUACUUUUAAAGGUGUACAGAAAACUUCAAAUGCCAAUAAAUAUUUAUUUUCAUACA